CUCUCACUUUGUUUUUCUUUCUUCAAUCUAAUUGUUGAUUUAAUUUAUAUUUUAAUUGUUUAUCAUUCUCAAGUGUUUUAUUUGAUUUAUUAGCUUGUUUAUUUUCUAUUAAUUGUCUUUAAUUAAUGUUCUUUGUCCUGAUUUGUCUUGAAUGAGAUCAUAUUUAUGAGUAUUCCCGAUCGACCUGCACAGUUACCAAGAGUAACCGAAACGGAUCCUAUUUUUUCACAUGGAAGUCAGGGGAGUAUCAAUGAGCGAUUACCUCUUUUCGGUGACAGUACAAGUCAAAGGGAUCGGCUAAUCUCCAUUGGAUUGUCAGUAACAUGUGUGCUCUUGAUUAUCGUACUUACGGUGACUCUUUUCUUUAAGCUCAGUUUAAUCAAUAUUGUUGCUUUGGUAAUCGUUUUCUCUAUCACUGCAUCUCAUGCUGUCUUAAUUUACUGGUAUAGAUUAGGUGAUUUGGAUCCUAAAUUUCGUCUCCUAUUAAUAUGGAAUUCAGUCAACUUGGUGAUUCUUUGUAUUACCAUGUUACUAUAUUACCAUCAUUCCUAAUCUCUGACCAAAAGACUCACCUUUCCUCCACUUCCGUAUCAAUAUCCACCCAAAGGCUGCCAAAUACAAUUAACAUUGAAGAGUAACCAUCAAAGUAUUACAUUGAUCAUUUAAUCAGAUUGCAAAGAAACGUUACUUAGACAAACUAAAUUGUGAUUUAAUUGUGUAAAUAAUUUGUUUUAAAAAUAACCAUCAAUGCCUAAGGUAGUUAAUGGUUGCAAAGCUCAACAAUUAAACGUUAAUUUACUUUUGGAUGGAGAUAGAGAGAGACAAUUACACCUAUUUUUGCACCAUAGAAACAAGAAGAAGAUGAAUAUGGAAUGGAAAAACAUUAAUUCUAAUGUGAUUUAUAUUUUCUCAUGAAAAUUUAAAACUAAUCAACGAAUUAACAUUCGCUGAAUAUAUUUAUAUGUAUUUGCAGUUUUGUGUUUCUUUUGAUAAAUCAGCAAAUUAUAUCAUUUAA